AUCUAGCUAAGGCUUCUAGACUUCAGGAGCUUAAGAAUCAUCCGGAGGGCUGGGCGUGGCGGUGCAGGCCUGUAGUCCCACCCACUCCGAAGGCUGCGGAGGGAGGAUCAACUUGAGUCUGGGAACUCAGCCAGGAAUUCAAGACCAGCCUGGGCAACACAGUGAGGCCCCCUACCCACAUCCUCUCCGUCCCCGCAAUCCCUUUCCGUCCCAGAGAUGAGGUCUCACUAUAUUGCCCAGGCUGGUCUCGAACUUCUGGACUCAAGUGGUCGUCCUUCCUCGGCCUCCCAAAGGCCUCCCAAAGGAUUACAGACAUGAGCCACCGUGCCAGGGUGUUGCUGAAAAUGUCAGAUGCAAAUUUGGAUAGCAGCAAGAAGAAUUUCUUGGAGGGGGAAGUAGAUGAAGAGGAAAGUGUGAUUUUGACACUGGUGCCAGUUAAAGAUGACGCAAAUAUGGAACAAAUGGAACCAAGCGUUUCUUCAACUUCUGAUGUCAAACUGGAGAAGCCUAAGAAAUACAAUCCAGGUAUAAGGACAGGGAUUGCUCAGUUAGUUACUCCUACAACUCUGGGAAGCCCAGGAAAAAGUCAUCUACUUCAAACAAAUGAGGAAUUUACAGCUCCACAAAAAGCUAGAUGCAAAAUACCAGCCCUUGCCUUGCCGACCAUUUUGCCUCCCAUUAAUAAGGUGUGUCGGGACACUUUGCGGGACUGGUGUCAACAACUCGGUUUGAGUACUAAUGGCAAGAAAAUCGAAGUUUAUCUGAGGCUUCAUAGGCAUGCUUACCCUGAACAACGGCAAGAUAUGCCUGAAAUGUCACAAGAGACCAGAUUACAGCGAUGUUCGAGGAAAUGCAAGGCAGUGACCAAGAGAGCAAGGCUUCAGAGAAGUUAUGAGAUGAAUGAGAGAGCAGAAGAGACCAAUACAGUUGAAGUGAUAACUUCAGCACCGGGAGCCAUGUUGGCAUCAUGGGCAAGAAUUGCUGCAAGAGCUGUUCAGCCUAAGGCUUUGAAUUCAUGUUCCAUUCCUGUUUCUGUUGAGGCCUUUUUGAUGCAAGCCUCUGGCGUCAGGUGGUGUGUGGUCCAUGGCAGACUUCUCUCAGCAGACACAAAGGGUUGGGUACGCCUGCAGUUUCACGCAGGUCAGGCCUGGGUGCCUACCACUCACAGGAGGAUGAUUUCUCUCUUCUUGUUACCUGCCUGCAUUUUCCCAUCCCCAGGCAUAGAAGAUAAUAUGUUAUGCCCUGACUGUGCUAAGAGGAAUAAGAAGAUGAUGAAAAGAUUAAUGACAGUAGAGAAGUAGCAGCAACCUGUUUGAAUACAAUGUACUAAAGGAGGGAUGUACUUUCAGACCUUGUAACCUAUUACGAAGGAGUGGAAGAGGAGACAAUUUGAAUGAAUCCUCAUGAUCUACAAAACAAAAUCAUAGUGACUAGGACUCCACAGUGAAGAUGGUUGACUAGUGACACAGCCCCAUCUAAAGAAUCCCUUUCUGUAUGUCUGAAAACCCAUUAAAAUAAAAGUCACUGCAAUUGGCCUUGUA